CGAUUAGUGAGGGAAUGAUGGCGUCUUCUGCUGCCCGCUGUUCCUCACGCUGGUUAACUCUCAUCGUGUCGUCUGAGCACCACCGGCACCUCCGUGCGACGGGCGCUAUUGUCACCGCUUCUCGUGGCUCGCUCCGGGGCGUCUGCACGUUUGGAACCGGGACGCUUUGGACCGGUGGGAGCAAGGCAUGUGGCGCUGUUGGGAAAGGAUUGACAUUGAGAGGGCUACCAGGAUUCAAAGCAGCUCAAUGCGGAUUUCAUACAAGCACUUCAGCCAACAAUAAGCAGGACUUCUACCAGGUCCUUGGGGUACCUCGCACAGCAACCCAGAAGGAGAUUAAGAAAGCCUACUAUCAGAUGGCCAAAAAGUACCACCCGGACACCAAUAAAGACGACCCAAAAGCCAAGGAGAAAUUUGCUCAGCUGGCUGAAGCUUAUGAGGUCCUCAGCGAUGAAGGAAAGAGGAAGCAGUAUGACACGUAUGGCCAAGCGGGCUUCAACGCCGGACAGGCAGGCGGCGGGCAGCAGUACUGGUCCGGGCAGACGCAAAACGUGAAGGCUGAGGAGCUUUUCCGCAAGAUCUUUGGGGAAUUCUCCGGAGCACAGGGAUUCGGAGACUUUGAUGCCAUUUUUGAACAGCCGCAGGAGUACUUCAUGGAGCUGACGUUCACUCAGGCAGCCAAGGGAGUCAACAAGGAGAUGACAGUCAACACUGAAGCCACCUGCCAGCGCUGUGACGGGAAGGGCCACGAGCCCGGCUCCAAGGUCCAGCACUGCCACUACUGCAAUGGCUCCGGCACGGAAACGGUGAACACGGGACCGUUUGUGAUGCGCUCUACUUGUCGACGCUGCGGCGGCAAGGGAUCGGUCAUUUCCAACCCAUGUCACACCUGCCGCGGGACUGGACAGACCAAGCAGAGGAAAACUGUCACGGUUCCUGUGCCCGCUGGAGUGGAGGAUGGCCAGACUGUGCGAAUGCCUGUUGGAAAGAAGGAGAUCUUCAUCACGUUUAGGGUCCAAAAGAGCCCAAUGUUCAGACGGGAUGGCGCCGACAUCCACUCGGACCUUUACGUCUCUGUGGCGCAAGCAAUCCUGGGUGGCACGGCCAAGACGCAAGGCCUUUACGAAACGCUCAAUUUAGCGAUCCCAGCAGGCGUACAGACAGACCAGAGGAUCCACCUGGCAGGGAAAGGAAUCGCCCGCAUCAGCGGCUACGGAUUUGGAGACCACUAUGUCCAUAUCAAAGUUAGAGUACCCAAGAUGCUGACGGACCGGCAGAGAGCUCUACUCCUGAGCUACGCUGAGGACGAGGCCAAUGUGGAAGGAACGGUUAACGGCGUCACAGCAACCGCCACAGGAGGGGGCAGCAGUGGUAAGCAAUUUGAGGAAAGGCUUGACACAAAAGGAGGCCAGUUGAAACAAGAGGAGGGCUUUUUCACCACACUCAAGAAAUUGUUUAGUUCCUCCUGACAGCCACAAACCAGGUAAGAGGUCUUCCUGGAGUUGAGAGGCUCGGUCGUCCCGCGUAAAGACCCUCGGCGUUCCCGCACGCAUCCCACAAGGCAAAGAAGAUCCCGUUUCGGCUGAUUAAAACGCUUCAUCCACUUCAGCCCCAACGACUCGUAAAAGAUGGCGAAUCGUAGCAGUCUCCUCAUCCACAAACGUAAAUGAUAUACGAAGACGCAAUCAUGAAAGGUUUGUCACUACACGCCCUGCUGUUCAUCGUGCUUUCAUGUUGACACGCUCAUGUUAUUUUAGUUUUCCUGGCCUUCCGGAGAAUCAAAUUUGUGUAUAUGUAAUAAAUGUAAAAGUAAGCAUUUA